UUUGUUGUUUAUGUAUUUUAUGUACAGUAGUGUAUAUCUGUUAAUCCCAAACUCCUCACUUAUCCCUCUUGGGGGAACUGAAUUGAACUGCAUUCAGCCAUAGUGCACAGACUUGUUCCAGGCCAAGAGAGAAAGUGUGUGUGUGUGUGCGCGCGUGCGUGUGCAAGAGAGACUUGCAAAAAACAAGGCCUAUCUCUCUGCACGGCUCUCCUCUGGGAAGGAAGGGGCCCGCACAGUGACAAUAGAGCAAGGGCGCUGACUCAGACAGCCAGUUCCUGCUCAUUUCCCCUCGCCGCAGGACAGCAGCCGAGUGGGAGGUCAGCCCUCUGUGGGGCUCAGAUUCGGGCUUUUGGCCGAGAACCUUUCCUUGAGAAAGACAAGACCGACUCACAGGCAGGGCCCGUUGUGACAGGACGGACUGGACCGGUGUGGCUGUGGGCAGGCAAGUGAGGGCAGUGGGGAGUGGAAAAGGAGAGAGAGGAAAUUCACUUUUUGAAUCCUGUAUCACUUGCCCUGGGCUGGGCCGCCUAGGAACAACUUUACAGGCAACGGAGCAUGUGACCAAUGGGGCCAAACUGACCCAGCAAGGGUGCUGGAAAACGGGGUUCAGGAACAGUCCCUGGGUGCCUGCCAAGGAGCCUGGGGACAGGGUUCAGAACAGCGUGGAGCCCCUGGGCUCCCUGCCCCCAGUGUGGACCCACCACUCGCUUCUCCCUUGCAUGAGGAGUUGCUGGAUGUGGCGUCUCGGACAUCCACACUGCUAGGAUGGAGAGAGCUGAGGCUGUCACCCUCUUCUGGAGCCGGGGAGCUGCAGCUAACUCGGGUCGGGAAAAUGCGACAGCGACUGCCCACUCGAGGUCGUCAUGGCGACAGCCAGUGAACGUGUUCCUCUCCUCGGGCAGGCCCCCGAGUGUAGAGGAGCUGCUUCGCGAGGCGCAGCUCAAUCUUCAGAGCCUGUUGCAAGAAGAAUAUGAGGAACAGUAUUCGGAGGCCAGACUUCUGGGGCAGACCUUCCGGUCUGCUGAUGAGGCCCCUGAGCCCACCCCCAGCCCAAGGCCCCAGUCUGCCAGGCGUCUGGAGUUUGUCUUGAUGCCUACAAAAUGGCAGCUAAGUGAAGAUGAGACGACCACGCAGGGGGUGAGGGCCCCAGAGGCCCCCCUGAGCCUGCCUACUGCAGCCGACAAACAAGCUGUCUGGAACAGCCCCUUCCCACUGCCUGUCCUCGAGGAGAAGCGGUGGCUUCAGCCUUGCUCCACACACUCUGACAUUGUGCCCAUCGACGUCUCCGGACAGCAGUUUGAUAAACAUGCAAGUUUGCGACACUCGUUGUUUAACACAGAGACAGCUGUGAACCCCAAAUCCACCCUGAGGCGGAGGCGGACCAUUAUUGGAUUCUCUAACUAUUCCCAGCGAGACCAAGGUCACGGCAAUAGUCCCGCUGGCAGUGUGGCCUGCUCUCCCAUCUCAGACAUCAGGCCCAGUCAUUCAGUUCCAGAAGGUGUUCAUGGAAGGGUUGCAGUUGGUCAGGAAGCUCGGUUCCCAAAUCUCACCUCACCAGGACUAAGAAGUCCUGCCAGUGAUCCAGAAGAGCCUCUCCAGGCACGUGGUGGCACAAAACCCUCUGGCAUGGAGAGCAUUGGAAUGGUAUACAGUGUCCCCAGUUCUUGCAAUGGACCAACUGAAUCAGCCUUCUCCACUUCCUGGAAGGGAGAUGCUUUUACCUAUAUGACUCCACAUGCCACCACUCAGAGCAAUCAAGUCAAUGAAAAUGGAAAAAAUCCUUCCUCUGGGAAUUCUUGGGUCUCUCUACACACACUGCCAUCUCUGGCUCCUAAGGAGGCCGCUACCCUCUUUGUCACUCGUGACAACCCAGCAGGAUGCAGUGGGUCGGCUGGCUACUCUGAGCACCUUACUCAACGGAGGCAAGUCUCAGAACGAGCCUCCAAGACUGGCCUUCUGACUGGGGGUCCCUCAAGGCUGGAGACAGGCCCAGGUGGGGCCAGCAGGUUCCGGGAGCGGUCCCUGUCCGUGCCCACAGAUGCAGGCACCACAGAUGUGGACUAUGACGAGGAACAGAAGUCCGCUGAGGCCUGUGCCCUGCCUUACACCAGUACGAGUUCGGAGGGCAGUAACAGUGCCGACAACAUUGCCUCCUUGAGUGCCCAGCAGGAGGCUCAGCACAGGAGGCAGAGGUCCAAGAGUAUCUCACUCAAGAAGGCCAAAAAGAAGCCUUCCCCUCCAACUCGCAGUGUCUCGCUGGUCAAAGAUGAACCAGUUCUCUUGCCAGAAGGCGGGUCAGCGCUCCCCAAGGACCAGAGGCCCAGGAGCCUUUGCCUCUCCUUGGAGCACCAAGGACCUCACUCCUCCCACCCAGAUGCUCAGGGUCACCCAGCUGUGCCAACCUUCAAAGACCCGGAAGGUACACAAUUCGCCCACCACUGGUAUCUUACUGACUGGAAGUCCGGUGACACCUACCAAUCCUUGUCCAGCUCCAGCACCGCCACGGGCACCACAGUCAUUGAGUGCACCCAAGUUCAGGGCAGUUCAGAGUCUCUAUCCUCCCCCUCCACCUCCAGAGCCACGACGCCUUCCCAGCUUUCCAUCGAGGUGGAGGCCAGGGAGGUAUCCUCCCCGGGAAGGCCCACUGGGCUGAUGUCACCUUCCAGUGGAUACUCCAGCCAGUCAGAGACACCAACACCCACUGUCUCCAUGUCCUUGACCCUAGGUCACUUGCCCCCUCCAAGUGGCAAUGUCCGGGUGCGCCCAGUGGUCCCUGAGAGGAAGUCAUCACUACCCCCAACAUCACCGAUGGAGAAAAUGUCCAAGGCACGGCUAUCCUUUGACCUACCAUUGACCUCUUCAACCAACCUGGAUCUGUCUGGGAUGAGUAUCUCCAUCCGAAGCAAAACCAAGGUGAGCCGGCAUCACUCAGAUACGAAUUUUGGGGCCAAGCUUGCCCAGAAAACUAGCCCCAACCAGCCAAUCAUGCCCAUGGUUACUCAGUCUGACUUACGUUCUGUUCGCCUGAGGUCAGUCAGCAAGUCUGAGCCGGAAGAUGAUAUCGAGAGUCCUGACUAUGCUGAGGAACCAGGAGCAGAAGUCUUCACCUUGCCAGAGAGAAAGAUGAAGCCUCCCAUAGCUGAGAAGCCCCCACUGGCCAGAAGGCCUCCAAGCUUGGUCUACAAGCCACCAUCUGUUCAUGAGGAGUACACACUAACUUCACCUACCUUGGCUACGACCCCCAAGAGCUCAAUUCAACACCCGAGGCCACUCCCUCAAGAUAUCUACAUGGUGGUACGGAAGCCAAAGUCUCCCAACUUUCCUGAGGGCAGAAGCCCAGGGGAGUCAACAGCAUCCUCAUCUCUUGUUUUCACACCUUUUGCCAGUUCCUCUGGUGCUUCCUGCUCAGGAACACAGCAGUCUCCCCAGGGAAGUACGGAGGAUGAAGGCCCCAAGGGGAGAGCCCUGCCUGAAAGAAUUAGCCUCCAGAGCCAAGAAGAAGCUGAGAAAAAGAAAGGCAAGAUUCCACCGCCUGUACCCAAAAAGCCCAGCGUGCUGUACCUGCCUCUCACCUCACCCACAGCUCAAAUGGAGGUUUAUGCGGCCGAACCAAGGCUGCCUCUCAGCCCCAUCAUCACCCUGGAGGAAGAUAGCAAGUGUCUCCCAAGUGGCGACCACCUGCAUUCGGCUGGUACGAGGAUGACUUCCACAGUGCAGGCUGACCAUGAAAAGGAGGCAGGCCCUCCGGGUUAG